AAGCAAGUGGUGGGUCAUCACACCUCCUUACCAGAUUGAAAAGGAAGGUUAUCUCCCAGGGAGGCCUGAUUAAUGCAGAUACACAAUACUGAACACACUGAAGGGGAGAGAAGAGGCCCAAGUGGGAAGAGAAACAUUUUAUGUUUAAAUUUUUCUUGUCUGGCUAUAAAAUAGGAAUUUUAUUUCAUCAUACCUCAUUUUGUAGACAGUCUGAUUCCUCACACCUACAGCUGAAGAUCCAAUGGAACCAUACUGGUGGGGAAAACCACAUGGUCUUUCCAUUAGCAAAGGAGGCUCAGAUUGUAGAUUCCUGCAUUGCUUUGACUGAUGAGAAUAGGCUAGUCUAACAGGGAAGAAUGCUCAGGGCUGCAUUCUAGACCUCAAGCAACUCUGUAACAAUGCUAAGCGUGAAACAGCAAAUGGUGGAACCUUUCAAGACCCCUGCAAAACAAACCAGAUUUCCUUCCUGUGUUCCUCUCUCCCAUCAUUCUUUGCACAGUACUGUACCAAAUCCAGUCUCUCAAGGAGCAUUUUCCACAAACAAAUAAUUGAUGCAUUUGGGCCUCAGUGUAGCUCUAUAAAUCUUACUAGUAGCCAUACCUCAUCUAUGCAUCAUAGCACCAGUGAUCCUCUGCUUAGAAAGAAAAAAGAACAAAAUAUAAGCUUGAAAAUUUACAGCUUUCUCUUCCAGACAUAUUUUGCCAAAUAUCCACUGGUAAAUGACCAACUCAAAAUAUUGAUUAACAAAGAAGUAAAAAAUAUCACAUUCCCAUAACUGCAGUUUACAUUUAGUGAACCAUCAAAACGGGCAUGGGAUAAAUAGCACCAUUUUUCUAAAAAUUUAAACAAAGUUCAGUUCUGAAAUGCAGUCCUCCCUUGCUAUCAGUAGGUGAUCAGUUCCAGGACCCCCACAGACACCAAAAUCCUUGAAUGCUCAAGUUUCUUAUAUAAAAUAGCAGAGCAUUGGCAUAUAACCUACAAAACCCUCUUGUAUACUUUAUAUCUCAGUUAUUUAUUAUACUUAAUACAAUAUAUGAAAAGUUUUCAAAACAUGGGAAAUUCAAGUUUUGCCUUUUAGAAGUUUCUGAAAUUUUUUUCUAAAAUUUUCUAUGUAUAGUCAAUUCAAUCCAUGUAGAAUCUGGAUAGAAGACCAGCUAUACCUAAAACAGAAAUAGUAUUAAUAUAGUUAUCCUACUAAGUAAUUUUUAAUGAAGUGGAACUAAUUCAAGUUAUGUCUUCUCAGGACAAAAACGGGCAGCAACAAACAAAAAAGGUGGGAGAAAACAAACAUGACCUUGAUGUCUCCUUGAAAGUCCAUAAUCUCCACAUCUGUUCUCUUCAUCCUCUGGUGAUAUUACUUUUCUGUUUAUUUUGCUAUUUAAGUCUAAACACAUGUAGGUUCCUGAGAGAUUACCCUAUCAAAGUUGGUCUACGCCUGUUCUUUCUUACCUCACAAAAAGUAAAGAAAAAAAAGUGUGCAUGUGUGUCCUAUUGGUGGUUUAAACUCAUAGCUGGGACUUCCUCUUUGAACAGUUGCCCUUUCCUCUCACACAAAGGAGAUCUCAUUUUGUCUGAAACUGGAUAAAGUUGAAACUAACCACACACCAACGAGAGGGUAUGAUGGCUAAGAAGCCCCCGAAACCAGCCCCUCGCAAGAUCUUCCAAGAAAGGUCAAAGAUUACUGCUCUACCCUUGUACUUUGAAGGUUUUUUAUUAGUUAAGCGGUCAGAAUACCAGGAGUAUAAGCAUUACUGGACAGAGUUGAGAGGAACUACACUUUUCUUUUACACUGACAAAAAAAGUACAACAUAUGUUGACAAGUUAGAUAUAAUAGACCUUACAUGCCUUACUGAUCAGAAUUCAACUGAAAAGAACUGCGUAAAAUUCACCCUUGUUUUGCCAAAAGAGGACGUACAAUUGAAGACAGAGAAUACAGAAAGUGGGGAAGAAUGGAGAGGCUUCAUUCUUACAGUAACAGAGCUGUCAGUUCCCCUACAUGUGUCACUCCUUCCUGGGCAAGUAAUUAGACUGCAUGAAGUCCUAGAGAAAGAAAAGAAAAGGAGGAUUGAGACAGAGCGGACACCAAGCUCAUCUCCAGAAAAAGGGAAGCAACCAUUUGAAGAUUAUGAGGAUGUACUGAACCCUAUGCCAGCAUGUUUUUACUCAGUGUCCCGGAAAGAAGCAACUGAGAUGCUCGAGAAGAACCCUUCCAUGGGAAAUAUGAUCCUGAGGCCUGGCAGUGACAGCAGAAAUUACUCCAUCACCAUCCGGCAGGAGAUAGACCUGCCAAGAAUCAAGCACUACAAAGUGAUGAGUAUAGGGAAAAACUACACUAUUGAAUUGGAAAAGCCUGUAACACUCCCAAAUCUUUUCAGUGUCAUUGAUUAUUUUGUGAAGGAGACACGAGGAAAUUUACGACCAUUUAUAUAUUCAGCUGAUGAAACCCUUGAGACGAAAGGAUUUCCUGUAACAUCUUUAAAAUAAUUUUUUUAAAGGGGGGGGAGGCUGGGGAAUCCAAACAUUUUUUUUUUUUUCUCCAUGGAUGAUAUUGUGUCAGCUAUCUAAUGCUAUAUAACAAACCACCCCUAAAACAUGGUGAUUAUAUCAAUGACCAUUUUAUUUACUCACAAUUCUGCACAUCAGCAACUUGGAUUUGAUUCAGUUGGGCAGUUCUUCUGCUAGCAUCUUGAUGUCAUUUGUAGGACUAUAACCAGCUGGUGGCUUGACUGGAGCUGGAUGGUCUAAGUUGGCUUCAUUCACACAUCUGGUGCUGGUGGUCAGCUGGGCCUGGCUGAACCAUUCUCUUCAUGUGGUCUCUAAUCCUGAAGGUUAGCCCACAUUCUCUCAUGUGAGAACUCAGAGCAUUUAAAGAGAGAAGGAUAGCUGCAUGUCCUUGGGCUAGGAAUUCUUAGUGAUGAGAAUUAAGUAUGGCUCUCUUGGAGCUUUCAUUAUAGGAGAAACUGUGAAUUGAAUAAAUAAUCCAAAGUAUGAUAUAUCUUAUAUACAGGGAUUAUUUUUCUUCCUUUAAAAAAUUUAAUUUACAUGCAAUAAAAUUAAAUUUUUGGUGUAUAGUUCUGUGAAUUCUGACUAUCAUCACCAUGAUCAAGAUAUAGAAAGUUCCAUCACCUCAAAAAAUGCCGUGUCCUUUCUUUUUAGUCAAUUCUUCUCAGACACAGUCCCUGGCAACUACCGAUCUGUUUUCCAUUCCUAUAGUUCAGCAUUUUUCCAGAAUGUCAUAUAAAUGGUACCACAGUCCAGAAUCUUCUAGGACUUCUUUCACUCAUUAUAAUGUCUAGAUUCACACAAGUGUUGUGUAUUAUAGUUCACUCUGCUUUAUUUAUAUACUAUCAUAUUUAUAUAGAAUAGUAUAUAAAUACAGGGGAAAAUGUCACUGUAGGGAGGUACCAGUUUGUUCAUCCAUUAACCAACUUAAAUAUAUUAGGGUCAUUUCCAAUUCUGGGCAAUUAUUAAGCUACAUAAAUAUUUGUACACAGAUUUUUGUGUGAAUAUAAUUCUUUAUUUCACUUUGAAAAAAAUACCUAGGAAUGAAAUUACUGGGUCAAAUGACACAUGUAUGUCUAACUUUAUAAGAAACUGUAAAACUCUUUUCACAGGUGGUCCUACCUUUUUACACCUCUACCAUCAAUGUCUGAGAGCUCUGGUUGCAUCCUUGCCAGCACUUCAUCUUAUCUUUAAAUUUUUAGUGGUAUCUCUGUGGUUAUAAUAUGCAUUUCCCUAAUGAUUAAUGAUGUUGAGUAUUUUUUCAUGUGCUAUUUGCCAUUCAUGUAAUCUAAUUCGCAAAAUAUACACAAUUAUUUUGACCAUA